AUGCGUGCUUCUCUUCGCUCGGGUGUUCGGUUAACGACGAGUGGCUCGAGCCGACCCGCAGCGACGGUUCGUCCACGGGCGGCGCAUUAAAGACAGCGGCGGCCACCAUCAGCGCUGCUGGAGUCGGACACUGAGCGGUCAGGGUCCAGGUCCAGGUCCAGGUCCGGUGCAGCUCGCUGAUGUCAUGGACGCCUGUGCUCGAAUCAGAGGAGUCCCCAUCAGGACCAGGGCCUCGGUGCGGAAAGAGACUGUGCGUGACAGUGGGACACAGAGUCUGAAGAACCUCUUCAGGAAUAAGAAGGAGCUGUGCAGCAUCAGCCUGGAGCUGCCGAGCAGAGACGCCACAAGACUGACAGAGAUUCAUUUUGUGUGUCUGCCUGGUCAGUGUGAAGGAGAAGACGUCACCCAGCAGGCUCUGACGUCACUGCCAGGAAGUCUGUGUGAUCUCCUCAGGUCGCUCCACGUCCACGGCCUCAAGAAUGACGAGGUUCUUCUGCUCAAAGACUCUCGCCGGCUGGUGGAGCACAAAGACUCUGGGCCUCAGGUACACAAGUGCUGGCUGAAGGCCGUGUGUGUGCUGAGACAUAAUCCCGGCUCCGGCCUCCACCCUCAGGCCAGCGUGGCGUCGCUGCUCGGCCUCCUCGGCUGCUACGUGGCGGGCGUCCGCUACGCCGGCGAGCUCCAGGCCCUGCAGAGGGGCUCGGCCGAGGCCAGUCAGCCGGAGGAGGACGACACCAACCAGUCGGUGUCGUCCAUCGAAGACGACUUUGUCACGGCCCUGGAGCACCUGGAGGAGGACGACGCGGGAGACGCAGGUCCCUCUGCAGCCUCCUAUCAUCAGUAUAAGCGGCGCGACGUGGCCUCACAGACAGUCCCCGCCCACAAGAGGAAAAAAGAAUUAUCGGGCGACCGUGUUAUCAUAGGCUCCUCCUCCAAGAAGUAUUCGUCCAAACAUCAUCCGGCUCCAGAGGUGUCCGUCACAGUGCAGAGGUCGUCGGGUGUGGAGUCCCAGUGGACGUACUGCAGUCCCGGAGCUCGUCUGCCUUCUCCUCAGAUUCACGUCAGCGAGUCAGAAGACUCGGACUGCUCCAGCCCCAGUCCGAUCAUCUUCCUGGACGAGGUGGGCUACCAGAAGAGCCUGCUGGCCAAGCUGGACAUCCCCCAGGUGCCCGGUGGACCCAGGGAGCGAGUUGAAGACUCGGACUCUGAAGUCAGCGAGUUCUUUGACAGUUUUGACCAGUUUGACGACCUGGACGAGCUGAGCUCUGAGAGCUGCACUCUGGCUCUGCCUCUGGACUCCACCAGUUCCCCAAGCAGUCAGAAGAAGUUUGCAGAGUCCAGCACCAGCAUCUCGACAUCCAAGUAUGUUUCCAGGGGCUGCUCCACCAAGGGUAUGAACCCUCACCGCUUUGACCAGCGCACACUCCCAGCCAAUGUGAAAAAACCCACUCCACUGAAACCCGGCUCGCCUUACUCACUCCACUCCGAGAUGCCCGACUCCCCAAGACUGGUGCAGACUCCGGGUGAGGAAAACGGUGGCCCACUCUUCAGUCCCGUCAGCUCCUCUGCCUUCAGCCCCCUGGUGGACUCUAACGGACCUCUGGAAUACUUUUGGAAGACGGACGAGGACGGACAGGACGACUCCGAGCUCAGGAAACCCCAGGAUCUAUGCUCGCUCUAUAAGACCUACUCGGACUUCGCCAGCAAUCUUUCCAGAGAAAUCCUGGGAUCUGUGUGCGGCUACCAGUCUGCGGUCGACAUCACCGACAACAAGAACCUCAGCUGCGUCUGCCACAAAGAAUUCCAGAACCCUUCCGGCUACCUGAUGAAGCUCUCGGAAAUACAGGAGACUGUGACGGUGGACAAGCUGCAGAAGAAGUCCCAGUCUCUGAAGGAUGGCAUUCAGAGGUUUGCCACUGACCUGGUGGAGAUGAGUCUGGGCAGUGCUUUGCGAGACCUUCAGAAGGGCGUCUCGUCCUGCACCACCACCUUGUGUCACUUGGCCGCAAGGCUCACCUCGUCCGUGUUCCAAAUGGCCUUCCAUGAGAUCGGCAUGCGCCGGGCUUAUGUGCUGAAGGAGCGAGCCAUCAGUGGAUUGGCGGGGUUCCUGGUCGGAGAGGCCGUGUCCGGGGCCCUGAAAGACUUCCUGACGGUGAAAAAGCAAAUUUUCCACAGCACAGUCUCGCAGUUUGCUGCUGACCUGGCUGAAGAGCUUGUGUUUGAAGGCAUCAUGGAGGUGUGUCAGUUUUCCCACCCUUCAACCCCUCUUACCCCGAGUGACUGGUCCUUCGGUCACGGGCAGGAAGAGGAGGAAGAGGAGGAGGAGGAAGUGGUUUCUUCGUAUGCUUCAGAUUUAUCGGAGUCAGUCAUCCAGGAAGCCUUCAUAGAACUCUCUCAGGCUGAUGUUGCCUUCACUAGCCAAGCAGCUAUCAGCGUGUCUUUGGACAACAUCUGUUACGUCAGUGCCGAGAACUCCAGCACUCACACCUGCAGUACCUUUACCAACCAGCAGGUUUUGAGUUGCACCUCUGCUGGAGGAGUUCCCGGGCCCUCGGGAGAAGAUCCUACCUGCACAGUGAAGAAAGCCCUCUUCACUGUCUCAGGUAUGGCCAGCUGUAUUCCUGUACCCCAGGCUGGCCACGCCCUCUCCCACCUCCCAGAUUCUGAGGAAACCUGUCAGCAAACAACCACUUCAUGCAAUACUCCACACGCUAGCCCCAGAAGAAUAACCGUGUCUUCCUCUGACACCGCGACCUCGACACAAACUCACCUUUACAGUCAUGGAACUCAGACCCCAGGAGCCGGAUUAGGCCCUUCUCACAGGAAGUCUGCGUUCCAGAACUUCUCUGGAAACAUGGUGGAUUUGAUCGUAACCGAGGCUUGUGAGCUCAUAACCACGUCUAAGAUGAAGAAGAGUUUCGAGGACUGCACUGACUUCUUCACUAAGGCAGUCGGAACCAGGAGUGGCUCUUCAUGCAAACAGGACUUACCAAGUAUUGACACUCCAGAUUCCCCUUUGAGGCACGGAGAUCUUCGCUAUGUUACGGGGAGAGUCAUGGCUCAUCCUUUGACCAUGCACACUCUACAUGUGCCGGACAGCGGGAUUUCCGCUCCCGUGGAUGAUUCGAGUCCAAGUCCCGGUCAGAAGUCUGGUGGCACUCCUGGAACUCCUCCGUCCACCCCACAGCAGCCCAGUGAGAUUUCCAAGGAGAAACAGAUCAAACAGUUCUCCAAGAAGCUGAAGAGCAAACUGGCCAAGGAGUUCUCCCCUGCUACUCCACCUUCCACCCCUCACUACCAGCCAGAGCCCGGUCCAGGACCCAAAGACAUCACCCCUGAAGAGGACAAGGACGAGUUCAUGCUCAAACUCAUGAGGUCUCUCUCCGAGGAGGCCGAUGGCAACGAGGAGGAGGAGGAGGAGGAGGAGGAGCCGGCAGAAGAGGAGCGUGUCACCAACAGAUCUUCAGAGACCAGGAGCGGCCGGCACGAACCCAACCUUAUAUCCCGUCACAGAAUGUCCAACAAGGAAGCUCUCCACUAUGCCGAGCGCCUGGCUUGCCACAUUGUCUCCAUGGCAACAGAGAUGGACACCCUGGGAGUGGCAGAGGAGGAGGGAGAGGCGAGCGGUGGCAGCGGCGUGCGGAGGAGGGACAGCGUGGCUCAGUUCUCGGAGCAGACCCUGAACACUCUGUGGGUGUAUGCCGGCGAGGUGGCGGGGGAAGUCAUCAACGACGUGAAGAGGAUGGUGAGCUCAGGCCAGCAGUGUCCUUACCACAGAGUUCACCGUAGAAGGAGCUUGGACAGAUACAGCUCUGAAUGUUUGCACCACCACCAGAACAGGGACUGGAGAGUGGGCAGGCUGGCCGAGCAGUGGUCCAGUGACAUCAUAGCCUCCAUGUUCCGUCCUCCUCCGGCCUCCGCACCCAGUGCUUUCACCAGCUCCAGCUCUGGCAUGUCCUCAGAGUAUCCCAGUUGUGAGAGCGUGACAGACGAAUAUGCUGGCUACCUCAUCAGAGUCCUGAAGAAGGAAGGAGGAAGUAGGGAGCUGGUCCUGGACCAGUACGCGAGCCGCUUGGCCUACCGCUCCAUAAAACUAGGUUUGGCUCAUGCUAGUCGCAAGAUCAGGCAGAGAUCCUCGAGCAACCGCUUUCACUCGUCCAAGUCGCUGCCAGAUGAAUGGAAAGCUUCAGGUAGUGAGGUCUCGUCCCCCCGGGACAGAGCAGAGACAGUGGUCUGUCCCUCAGGUGAGGACACUCGGUGCUGCUGCAGUGACUCUGAGGAGCAGAGUCAGAGGGACUACACAGAUCUGGUCAACUUUGCCGAAUCGUUGGCGUACAACAUCACCUGCGAUGUCACGCGCAAGCUCCACCUCCCCACCGCGCGCCUGCCCAAGUCCCUCACCGACUCCUGCCUCUAUAAGAAAUCCAAACUUGAAGACAUGACGGAGAACCUCAUCAGGAACUCCUUCUCCUGCCCCCUGUUGUCCAAGGACGGUAAGAGCAGGCGUUACCACAGCACAGGGAACCUGUACGACGGAGGCCGCAGCAGCAGAGCGAUGCAGGUUGUCGAGCACUACGCCAGGAAAAUAGUGGACGACACUUUGAAGAUGAGCCUGGCGUCAGUCAGUCGUCCGUCGCGGGAGCAUCACAGGAUGCAAGGUCAUGACAGACACUCCCACACGCAGAGGCUGACAGAGGCCCCACCCACCGGUCAGGCUGCGGGCGAGAGGACCUGCUGUUACUGUCUGGCUCAGGAGUGUCUGUACUGCAGCAAACACGGCCGGCACCAUCCGCCCACAACACACUGGAGGAGACGAGGGUCGGACUGUAAGACGAGCCGGAGCCACAGGAUUCCCAGCCUGGACAUUCCCAAGAUCCACAUCGACCUGGACCACAGGGUGGCGUUCGCCGAGGACAUGGUCUCCACGGCGAUGGAGACGGCAAAGCGUGAGCUGAGCAACACCAGUCUCAACGCCGACAGCGGCAUCGGCCACGACGGGACCAGCUACGCCGAGAGCCUGACUGCUGAGAUCAUGACGUCGGCCAUGUCCAACGUCUGUCAGAGCGCCAUCAUCAGUUGUUCAGGGAGAGAAGUCACUGAGUCGACGGUGUCUCAGCAGCUCAGUGUAGGAGACGACAGUCUGGGCAGCUGGUCCAACCUGAGCUUUGAGGACGACAACAGCAGCUUCCUCCACCUCAGUGACAGCAGCAAUGGGAACAGCAGUAGCUGGAGCAGUCUGGGCCUGGAGGGGGAGGCGGGUGAGGAGCACAUGUCCUUCUCCCCCUCUGACAGUGACAACACAGACGACAAGGAGACGGAGGUCAAAGAGGAGUCCAGUGGGACUCUGUGUGUGGACCGGACUCAGGUGCUCGCCGCUCCCCGCGCCGCCGCCCCCGCCGCACUGCUCGUCGCCAACUCGGACGCCAGGCCCGUGACCUUUGACCCUCAGCUCAGGAGCAUGCUGCAGUGGCUGGCGGCGUCCAUGGCCGACGUCACACACGUGCAGCUGAGUCCUGACAGAGAGCUGCAGCAGCUUCCUGUCGUCAUCCAGAGGCUUCAGGAGAAGAGGUGGAGGGUCGGGGAGCUGCUGCACAUGCUGCUGCGCUACUGCGAGGAGAGCCACGCACACGGCCAAUCACAGGCCAGAGACGAGGCGCUGCCGCCGCCGCCAUCGUUAGCGCCGCCGCCGCCGCUCUUCCAGUGGCUCCUGGAUCACGCCUAGCUUUCCUCCUCUGUUCUUCACAGGGCUUUUACAGAAACCUCCACGUCCUGUAGAGGGCAGCACCGUACGAGUCGGCGAUAAGCAUCGCACUCUCAUGAAUGUGUGUGUGUGUGUGUGUUUUCCUCUGCAUGCUGUGACUAAUCAGGAGGAUUCUCUUCCCACCUCUGCGGUCGUGUUAUUUAUCAGUCUCCUGCCUCACAGUGAACGAGCUGUCUCCUCACGCCCACUCCAUGGCUUUUGAUUUCAAGGCCUCACACCUCGCUGCCGUCACACACUCGACCCGCAGAGAGAGAGAAGAGAGGGGGAGAGAGGGGGAGAGAGAGAGAGAGAGAGAGACCCAGCCCAUGUGUUCCAGACAGACAGAGAGAGAGAGAGAGAGAAUGUGUUUUCUGUUAGGGAAUCCCCGACGAUGCUGCUGCUGCUGCUGCUGCUGCUGCUGCUGCUGCUGUGAUGAUGUCACCACACCCACGACUCACCUCUGCGAUGGUGUUUCCACACACACACACACACACACACACACACACACACACACACACACCACACCCGCUUAUUAUCAGAAGAGAAUCCAAAAUACAGUCACACAGUGUUUUCAUCAGUUAUUGUAUUAAUGCACUCGCACUGCGGGGUCAGAGGAGACGGAGCUGGACCAGGUCCAGGUCCAGGUCCAGCUCAGGCCGGGCGUGGUUUUGUUUUACUGACACAGGGUCUCAGGUUUCUGAGCAGAGGCUCCAGAGGAGGUUUGAGGUUUCACGUGUGUUUGACGAGAGAAAGACAAAGAGAUUAUUUCUUUAAAGACGGGAUCAUGACAGAAAAGUGAGUUUAAUGUGAACUCCCGCUUUCCCCUCGGAUAAUAAAGAUAAAACAAACUACAAACCCGAGCUUAUGAAAAACCUUCUCUCACAGAUUUUCAAAACGCUAAAUGAGUUUGUUUUUAAAUCUCCUUUGGUUUGGAUUUUUUUCUGUUACAUUUGGAUUGAAAAAAAAGGCCUUUGCACAUCGAAUGCGAUUUCUUCUCUUCACAUGAGUCCGUAAAGUAGUAUUACUUUACUUUUAUUUUUUUAAAAUUGCUUGCCAAACUCGCAUAUCUGACCAUUCUGAACGUGUUUUAUCAUAUAUAUAAAAAAAAGCUCUGUUUCCUCCUUCCUUGAAGGUAGAGAAUUUAAUCAAAUAUGAAAUGAAAAGCUGCUGAAAGCCGUGACGAAGGCUUCGUGUUGCCAAACUUCCUCCUGCUCCUCUUCUUCCUCCUUGUGUGUGUGUUUUCGUGGUCCAGAUUCACAUCAGUGGGAAGAUCCAGUGACGCAGAUCACGGAUCUUUAAGUAAUUAAAGACACCUCGUCUCAGUCUGCACCUACACACACACGCACACACACUCACACACACACACGCCCUGGUUACUCACCAGAACCCGCGUACACACACACACACACACACACACACUAGCAGAAACUUGCUGAGCUGCACUUUUUUCCCCUCACGAUAACAUUUUUUCAGCCCUGACCGUAUGCUCCACAGGCUCCGCCCCCUCCUUUGAGAAAAAUGACUGGGACACAUUUAUCUGUAUUUAAAUUGAGUUUUUCCUUUAAAUAAUUGACCUGAAUUUUUUUCUCCAUAUUUACGUGUAAAACACUGUAAAAUAACAACUUGUAAUACUUAAAGUAUCAAAGAUCUGCGACGCUGCCAAAUCUUCAUGUAAUCUGAAAUAUCAUUUUCAGCCUUAUUUAAAGAAAAAUCAGUGGGACACAUGAGUUGUAUUUCUUGUUUUUUUUUUCCUUUUAAAUAAGGGACCUGAAAAUGACGUAAUGCUCCUUUUUUCCCCGGUAUUUUAGUGUAAAACUGUAAAAUAUCAACGUAAAGUAUCAGCCUGUGAUUCUCCACAAACAUCUGCUAAUCUUAAUCUGCUCUACAGACUCCGCCCCCUCCUUAAAGAAAAUUGCCUGGGCACAUUUUUGAUUUUUUUGUAUUUAUUGUUUUAUAUUGUUUAUUUUAAAUAAGGGACCUGAAAAUGAAGUUUUUCUUUCCGUAUUUUAGUGAAACUGUAAAAUAACUUCUUCUUCUACUGAACUCCAUGUCGUUGCUAAUGUUCACCUGCUAAACUGCGACGUUGCCAAAUCUUUCAUUUAAUCCUAAAGUGUUUGAUUUGUUUACACAAAAAAUUAAUGAAUUCAUCAUAAAAUCUGUUAUUUAAAGUAAAAACGCUGCCGUCAGUGAUGUCGUAUUUUUUGCAAACUUCCUGUUUGUUGCUGCCGUUAGCGUUCUACAUCGCCUCAGGUUUAAUGAGGGGGCGGAGCAUUCAUUUACCAGCUCCUGAUUGGAUAAAGAGUUGUGGGAGAUUCUGAUUUAAGCUCAAUGUAAAAGUGUUAUAUUUUUUAUACACUGCAAAAAAGAGAAUUGUUGGACAAACUCAAAAAAAUUACACAAGUUAAUUAAGUUUGAACUCCAUUUCUUUUUGGAUGUUUCUUUCAAUAUCUCCAAAUAUUUUCCAAAAUAUCAAAUUUUUGGGAAAUUUUCAAAGAUUACAUUUUCCUUAAUUUUUUGAAAUUUUUUCAGAAAUUAAUUUUUUGGAAGAUUUUUGACAAUUCAUUUUUUUGGAAAAUUUGGAUUUUUUUUUAUUUUUCCUAAAGUUUUGAGAAAUCUAAAACAAUUUAAACCAUUUAAAUAAAUAUCGAAGACUUUCUCAGUUGGCUUUGCGUUUUCACAAAAAAAGAUGAAAAUUGCUGGAUUAACAUAUAGUAUUAGUUUAACAAAAAUUAUUUCAGUCCAAUCAGAGAUUUUUUGACAAUUUCACAGAAUUUAUAAAUUAAGUUUGAAAUAAUUAGCAGCUGCAACAGACGUCCAGAAAAAUGUCCACAGCCACUUUUGCGAUCUCUUACAUAAAGGUUUUAUUAAAAAAAAUUCAACAAUAACCAAUAAUUUUAGGUCAAUCACUCGAAUUUUACCAAUUACACGUAACUUUUUAAAUUUAAUUUGAAUUUAUUUAAAUUAAAAUGUUUGUUACAGCGUGAGUUUAUUUUAAAGUUUGUUCAACCAUUUUCAGGAAAAGUUGAAAAUGUCUGUUGCGUCACCACGUGCGCCCCCUGCUGUCAAAUUAAAGCAGUUUCUGUGAAGUAUUUUUGUUUUACAUUAAAGGAAUGUAUUAAAACAGAGAGGGAGAGAGAGAGAGAGCAUCACAGUGUAUUACUCGCUCUCUCUCAGGAGUUUCCCAGGUUUUCUUGUUUUUUCUGGACAUUCCUCUGUUUCCCACAGUUACUGCAGUAAAGCGAUAUUUUGUGCUUCGUGAAAACGCUGAAUGUUUGGAGUCGACUGGUUUGUAAAUGUGUUUUUGCUGCUGUUGCUUUUUGUUCCCAGUGUUACUUUCUCUGACCAUGCGCUCAAAAACUUAAGAUUUAAAAAAAAAAGAAAGAAAACUAAACGGAGAUGAACUUCAGCUCCAGUCACGUCUGUAUUUUUCCCGCUUCGUUGUAAAAUCCUGCCAAAUAUGAAGAUAAUUAAUAAUAAAUUACGUAAGUUAUAUAAAGAGUGGCUUGUUGUCGUCGUCGUGGCGUCGUCGCUGAAUCGUUUACACAUUCACAGCUUUGAAACUCUGGAUUUGUUCCUGUUGAAGCUCGAUGUGACAAUAAAGCUUUUUCAUGUGCUCUUAA